CGGCCCCGCCGCGCCAUGUCGGACUACAGCACGGGAGGACCCCCGCCCGGGCCGCCGCCGCCCGCCGGUGGGGGCGGGGGCUCCGGAGGAGCCGGGGGCGCCGGGGGAGGCCCUCCUUCAGGCCCGCCGGGCGCGGGGGACCGGGGCGGCGGCGGCCCCGGCGGCGGCGGCCCGGGCGGAGGGUCGGCCGGGGGCCCCUCGCAGCCGCCCGGCGGUGGCGGCCCGGGAAUCCGCAAGGACGCCUUCGCCGAUGCGGUGCAGCGAGCCCGCCAGAUCGCAGCCAAGAUUGGAGGCGAUGCUGCUACCACAGUGAAUAACAGCACUCCCGAUUUUGGUUUUGGGGGCCAAAAGCGACAGUUGGAAGAUGGAGACCAGCCUGAGAGCAAGAAACUGGCUGCCCAGGGAGACUCGAUCAGUUCUCAACUUGGGCCCAUCCACCCUCCCCCAAGGACUUCAUUGACAGAGGAGUACAGGGUCCCAGAUGGCAUGGUGGGACUGAUCAUUGGCAGAGGAGGUGAACAGAUUAACAAAAUCCAGCAGGAUUCCGGCUGCAAAGUACAGAUCUCGCCAGACAGCGGCGGCCUCCCCGAGCGCAGUGUGUCCCUCACAGGAGCCCCAGAGUCUGUCCAGAAAGCAAAGAUGAUGCUAGACGACAUCGUCUCUCGGGGUCGCGGCGGCCCCCCAGGGCAGUUCCACGACAGUGCCAACGGGGGCCAGAACGGGACCGUUCAGGAGAUCAUGAUCCCUGCGGGCAAGGCCGGCCUGGUCAUCGGCAAGGGCGGGGAGACGAUCAAGCAGCUGCAGGAACGCGCCGGAGUGAAGAUGAUUUUGAUUCAGGACGGUGCCCAGAAUACGAACGUGGACAAACCUCUCCGGAUCAUUGGGGAUCCCUACAAAGUGCAGCAAGCCUGUGAGAUGGUGAUGGACAUCCUUCGGGAGCGUGACCAGGGUGGCUUUGGGGACCGGAAUGAGUACGGGUCACGCAUCGGCGGGGGCAUCGACGUGCCGGUGCCCAGGCACUCAGUCGGGGUGGUCAUAGGUCGGAGCGGGGAGAUGAUCAAGAAGAUCCAGAACGACGCCGGUGUGCGGAUACAGUUCAAACAAGAUGACGGGACGGGUCCUGAGAAGAUCGCGCACAUAAUGGGGCCCCCCGACAGGUGUGAGCACGCGGCCCGCAUUAUCAAUGACCUCCUCCAGAGCCUCAGGAGCGGUCCUCCCGGUCCUCCAGGUGGCCCAGGCAUGCCCCCUGGUGGUCGGGGCCGGGGAAGAGGCCAAGGCAGCUGGGGCCCCCCUGGCGGGGAGAUGACCUUCUCCAUCCCCACUCACAAGUGCGGCCUCGUCAUCGGCCGAGGUGGCGAGAACGUGAAAGCCAUAAACCAGCAGACAGGAGCCUUCGUAGAGAUCUCGCGGCAGCUGCCGCCAAACGGGGACCCCAACUUCAAGUUGUUCAUCAUCCGGGGCUCGCCCCAGCAGAUCGACCACGCCAAGCAGCUCAUCGAGGAGAAGAUCGAGGGUCCUCUCUGCCCAGUCGGACCUGGCCCAGGGGGACCAGGCCCUGCCGGCCCAAUGGGGCCUUUCAACCCUGGGCCCUUCAACCAGGGCCCACCAGGGGCUCCCCCUCAUGCCGGGGGCCCCCCUCCUCACCAGUACCCACCCCAGGGCUGGGGCAAUACCUACCCCCAGUGGCAACCACCUGCUCCUCAUGACCCAAAUAAAGCAGCUGCUGCCGCGGCAGACCCCAACGCUGCCUGGGCUGCCUACUACUCACACUACUACCAGCAGCCCCCGGGCCCCGUACCGGGCCCCGCACCGGCCCCUGCGGCUCCCCCGACUCAGGGCGAGCCUCCACAGCCCCCACCCACCGGCCAGUCGGACUACACCAAGGCCUGGGAAGAGUAUUACAAAAAGAUUGGCCAGCAGCCGCAGCAGCCUGGAGCCCCCCCACAGCAGGACUACACGAAGGCCUGGGAAGAAUACUACAAAAAGCAAGCUCAAGUGGCCACUGGAGGCGGUCCGGGUGCACCCCCCGGCUCCCAGCCAGACUAUAGCGCCGCCUGGGCCGAAUAUUACAGACAGCAGGCCGCUUACUACGGACAGACCCCUGGCCCCGGCGGCCCCCAGCCUCCACCCACACAGCAGGGACAGCAGCAGGCAAGUGGGAACUGCCACCCUCCUCCUCCUCCUUUCUCCUUCCAACCCCCGGCCACCGUCCAUCCUGCCUUAGUGGGUAGCGCCGGCAACCCCUUCCCCUGCGGGGUGUGUCCCUGAUGCCUGCAGUGGGGCCGCGUGGCCGAGGUCUCCGGGAGCCCCCGCAAGCCGGGGGGCGUGUGCGCUGGGUCCAGAGGCUCAAGAAGAGGCCUCCAUCGCCAGCCUGCUUGUUCCUGUGUGACGCUGUCAUGACGUGGGGGGAGCGCCUGGAAAGACACAGGCGGGACUCUGGAACUGGUGGGUAGUCUGGGGGAGGGGGGGCAACAGACACCUUGGGGGUUGGUCGCCAUCCAGGCUUCCAACUCACUCACUCAAACCUGGCCACUUGGGAAAAAAGAGUUUGUUUUCCCCUCUCUGCAUUACUUUUUUGAUUUUUGUACCUUUUGUUCUUGGAGUUUUAAACCCGUGGUAUUUUUCCCCGUGUCCAAGUGACUGUGUUGCAGGCGGCCCCUGCGUGGGGUCAGCACUGGCUUGCUGGGGAUGAGGGGAGCCGCCCGGCCCAAGGCCACCGGCGGGCGUGACCCCCUGCCCGCCCGCUGCUCGUGCGCGCGCGCCGCUGUGUCCCAGUCUUGUCUGUGAAGUGGGCAUGACGAUCGUUGCCACCUUCCAACCUACCUCACAGGGGUGUUGUGGGGACACCGUGAUCUCAGAAAAUGUUGAUGUUGUGACGCGCCGGAGCCGCCCACCCUCCUCCAGACGAAGGGCACCCCUCCUCUCCCACCCUGAGUGCUUCCCUGCUCUCGCUCUCUGUCUCUGCGGUCCCUGCUCUCUCCUCCCGCUGAUGUGCCUGCUGUGUGUCCUCCCUCUCCACCGAGGAGCCAGGCCCUGGAGUGCCUGACUAGGCAGUGAGCGCGGCUUUCCAGCAGGACACACGUCUACAGGCCCAGGACAGGGCCUCUGACCCUCUUGCCGCUGCUGUGCGGGCCCCUCCACUGCCCCUCCAGCCUCCCACCCCGCCUUCCCUCCCCUCCCUGUAGUGACCAAUUCCUGUCUCUUCCCUCUCCGCAGGCUCAAUGAAUCGAAUGAAUGUGAACUACUUCAUCUGUGAAAAUCUUUAUUAUUAUUUUUUUUUCCAUUUUGUUUUGUUUGGGGCUUUUUUUUGUUUGUUUUUUUUUUUUUUGGUCUGGCGAGAGAGCGAUGGCUGCCGCAGGGGGUGACGGGAGCCCUCGCUGUGAGGCCCCAGAGUUCACGGCCCACGCGGGCCGCGCUCUCGCUCUCUCGCAUAUUCUGUGUGUCUCACAUCCUUUCCUUUCAAAAUUGGGAUCCUUCAUGUUGAGCCCGCCAUAGAAGAUAGCAAGGACUAAAUCUCUGCAAAAAAGAGAGAGAGAGAAAGAAAAAAAAAAACCAAAAGCAAAACAAAUUCUAUAAAAUUAUAUAUAUAUAUAAAA